AUGCCGGCACCCGCAGGGCCCCCCUCGCCCGGAGGCCACACCUUCAUCGCCGAGGUGCCCGUGUCGCGGCUUCUGGCGGCCUUCAACCCGACCGGCGGCCCGGCCCUGGCCCUGGACAUGUCCGAGGAGCAGCUGAGCCGGGCCCAGCUGGUCAAUGGGGCCGUCCGCUUGGGCCCCGGGGUCACGUACUACGGGGAGCUGAUUGUGCCGGCCCCCGGGUCGGUGCCCGGGCCGGGCGGCGCGCGCGUCCGGUCCUUCGUCCUGGAACCCAGCGGCCCGGGCGCCGUGGAGGGCAUGUACUCCAAUGACCGGCCCGGGCACCGGGGCGUGCCCCAUGGCGUGGGCGACGCCCUGUCCAUCGAUGGGUCUUUCUAUUCCGGCCAAUGGCGCACCGGGCGCCGGCAUGGCUGCGGGCAUAUGGCCUUCGGCCAGGCGCGGAGCUCGCCGCUGCCGGUCCUCGGCCCGGGCGACACCACGGCCGACCAUGAUGCCCGGGUGGCCCGGGCUGUGGCUCGCCAGGGGAAGCUGUGCGCCCGGUCGGGCUUCUUCGCCGGCGAGUGGGCCGAUGACCGGCCCGCCGGGCAUGGGAUCAUGUCCGCGCCCUGGUCCGGGGUCGGGCGCAGCUCCCUGUACCAGGGCCAAUUCCAGCGCGGCCGGCGCCAUGGCCUGGCCGUGCACCGGCUGCACGAGGCCCCGGAGGGGGUCUUCGAGGCCGGGGAAUUGGCCGACGGCGGCCCGGCCGCCGCCAUGCGCGCCAUCUACCUGUUUCUCGGGGAAUUCCGCCAAGACAUGAUGGAUGGCCUGGGGGUGGUGGUGCGGGUGGUGCCGCCGGCCUCCGGCGAGGUGGACGCCGCCCCGGGCCCCGGCGGCGCCCAGGUGCUGGUGCGCUUUGUGGCCUGCGAGCUGGGCGCCCUGACCCGGCUGCGGGGCCGGCACUUCCCGCGCGUCCGGCAUGCCAUUGUCACGCGGCUGCUGCCGGCCGUCCUGUCGGCGCAGCUGUCCGCCUGCUCGGCGGCCGAGCGGUCCAUCAUCGGCACCCAGGGGCACCCAUCGCUCCGGGGCCGCGAGCGAAUGAGCAUCAUCGAGGCCGGCGGCCAUGCGGCGGCCUCCCAUGCGUCGUAUGUGCUGCAGAGCUUCCUCGACCCGCUGGCCGGCCCGGCGGGGGCCGCCGCCGCCGCCGCCGCCGCCUCCUCGUCCUCCGCCACCUCCGGGCCGCGCUCGGAGAGCCUGGCCGCGCGCUUCCUCAACUCCAUCGGCGUGGAUGUCCUGGUGGUGAUGAACGCCUGCCGGGCGAAGGCCCGGCAGCCGGCCCCCGGCGCCGGCAUGGUGGCCGGAUCGUUCGGCCCGGCGGCCGGGGCGCGCCUGGCCGAGCUGUCGGCAUCCGGCAGCCCGGCCGCCCCCGGCCUCACCGCCAGUCCGUCGAAAAAGCGCGGCGGCGUGCUCGGGCUCUUCAGCCGGUCCAACUCCGGCGGCUCGUCGCCCGGCCUCCAGCCGUCGGACAUCCAGCAUGUCGGCCCGGCUGGGCCCCUGACACGCAGUGCGUCGGGCCCCUCGUCCAGCGGCGGCAACAGCAGCAGCAACAGCGAGGAGGCCCUGCCCGCCUCGAGUGAGCAUGCCCACGCCGAGGCGCGCAUGCUUCGCGAAUUGGAGGCCCGUCUCGCGGGGGCCGGCCUGGCGGGCGGCUCCCCCGGCGAUGGGCCAGCUCCGGAGCCCCCGACCAAGGCCCCCGCCGCUGGGGGGACUUCGGCCGCCGGCUCCAAGGCCGGGUCGCCCGGGCUGCCGGAGCACCCGGUGUCCACUCCGGCCUCGCCGCCGCCCACGCCCCAGGGGUCGCCCUUUCCCCUGACCAAUGACCUGGGGCCGGCGGCGGCGGCGGCGGCGGCGGCGGUCCCGGAGGCGCGUGCCUCGCCGCCCCCCGCCGCCGGGGCCUCCAUGGACAUGGCCGGCGCCCCGGCCGUGGUCAUCUACAACAGCGGCGACUCCGACGUGGGCACCGAGCUGGUCGAUCGCCGGGCCUCGCGGCUCUCGAGCCUUUCUUCCUCGCGGCCGAUGGCCCAGUUGACUUUCUGGUGCGCAGCGAUUCGCUCCCCUCCGCCUCCCUCCGCCGCCUUGCUCGCGGCCCCCAGUCCGGGCAAAUGCCCGGUACUGCAUGCCUGGCCCCUCGCCCAAUACAUCCCCUGCGGCUGGGGUGUUCUCAAGACCCAGGCCAAUGCCCUGGUCCAUGCGUACUGGGAGCAGGGCGUGCCCGUCAGCGCGGUGCUCAUCACGCAAACCAUGAACGCCGCGGUGUAUGCCGGGCGCACGCGCGGGCUCCGCCGCUCGGGCCACGGCAUCCUGUGCCAGCCGCUGGAGCACACCAAGGGCGGCGACCAGCACGGUGGCGGCUCGUCGCCCCUCCCGACCGAGGCCUUCCCCCAGGGGCCCGACCGGAUGGCCAUGUUCGCCGUGUACAGCGGCCAGUUCACCGACGACGCCAUCCAGGGCUGCGGGGAGUUUGUCCUCGGCCUGGGCCGGCCAAUUGUCGGCCGCUUUGUCCAGGGCCGUGCCGUGUCCAACAACGAUCCAAAUGCCGCGGCUGCCGAGCAGCGGCAAGCCGUCCAGGCCAGCCAACGGAGCCGCGUCCUGGCGGCCACCGCAUCGCGAGCCAUCCAGCGCCGGGCCAUCCGGGCAUCCAUGAUCGCCGAGGCCGCGGCCGAGCAGCGCGCCGCCCGGGAGGCCGAGCAAAAGGCCAACGAGGAGGCCGCCCGCCGCCAGGCCGCCCAGCCGCACGGCUUCCAGCCGCAGGAAUUCCAGGAGUACCUCCAGAACAAGGAGCAGUUCCACCAGUUCCAGCAGCUGCUCCUGCAGCAGCAGCAGCAGCAGCAGCAGCACUUUUUCCCGCAGCCCUACUGGUCUCCCGGGCACCCCACCGGCCUGCCACCGCUGCCGCCCCUGCCGCAUGCCACGCAAAUGCAGCACUUCCCGGCCCUGCCGCCGGCCCUGCCCCAGGCGCUUGGCCGGCCGCCGGCCGUCGGCCAGCCCGCCGACGACAUGGACAUCACCAUCAUGGCCAGCCGGCCGGAGCCGCGGACCCCCAGCCGCCGGCCGCCCUCGGCCAGUGGCGGUGUCGGGGCCGGCGACGCCGACUCCAUGAACCUCACGCAGGUGACCAAUCUCUAUCGCGGCCCCGGGGUCGGUUCCAGCCCGGGGCAGGGGCUCGUCAAGCCGCCCUAUGCCUCGCCCCGGCUGGGGGCCCUCGGCUCGAGCGGCGGCGAUGCCUCCCCCCGGCUGGGCCCCAUGGCCGGCCUGGCGCACGAGCAGCCGGCGGCCCUGGACCAGCAGUGCCCCUAUGCCCAGGCCCCUUGGCAGUAUGACAUGCACGGGGGGCACCCCCACCACCGGUCCCCGCGGCAGUCGCACGCCGGGGCUCCUCAGCAUGCCGACCUGCCGGUCUUCCCGCCGACCCCGCCGUCGGCGCAAUUGUCGCCGCGCCUCGAUGCGCACUUCAUGCCGAGCCCCGGCCGGGGGUCCUUCGAUCUGAAUGGGACGUCGCCCGGGCUGCCGGCCGACCCGCGCUACAGCCCGCACUCGACAUCCACCAUGGACCUGACCGAGGUGGCCUACACCCGCCGAGGGAGCGCCGACACGGCUGGCGCCGGCCCGAGCCCGGCCGGGCCCGUGAGCUGGUCCAUGCUCCGCGGGCAGCACCCGCACCCGGGGCAGCGCCCGCCCGCGCACUCGCCCAUGCAUUUGCAGCAGCAGCAGCAGCAGCAGCACCACCACCACCACCAUCACUACACGCAGCAGGCACCGCCGGAGCCAUAUGCCGGUGGGGUCCCGGCGUCGCCCCAGCGCCCGGCAUCCAGCACCGGCGCCAGCUUCGGCUACUAUGUCAAUGACACCUCCACGGACGCAUGGUCCCCGGCCGGCAGCGGGGGCGCAUACACGACGGAGAUCUCCCCGAGCUCCAGCGCGCGCGACGGCAUGCUCGGCCGCCAGUACACCCGGCGGUGCAGCGACUCGCCGUCGCCGUCGCCGGGGCGGGGCGGCAGCUUCGCGCGGGGGCCCGGCCCGGCGGCCGCCUCGCCGGCCCCGCUGCUCUUGGACAACGACUCGACGCUCAUCUUCGACGAUGACGAGGACCUCAGCCCGCCCCUGGGGGCCGUGUCGGUGGGGCUUAGCAGCCUUGCCCUGGCGGAGGAGUCGCCCCGGGGCUCGGCCCGGAGCAGCAUGGCCGCGGCGGCCCCGUGCAUGGGCGGCAUCAAUGCCGCCCUGCGCGAGUCCUUCGGCAUCGACAGCCCGACGCACACGCCCAUCACCGGCGGGCUCAAGCGCCUGGCCGGUGGCCUGGCCCCGGGCGCCUGGUCCGAAGACGAGGACCACCCGGAUGCCGAGGAUGGGGAGGAUCUCGAUAAGACGGACCUGUUGAACACCUUUUCGGCCGCCGGUCCGGCGGCCCUGCUCGCCGGCGGGGUGUACGCCAAGUCCACCUCCAGCUCCCGGCGGACGCCCUCCCGGCUGUCGAUGGCCUGCCGGAAUCUGGCCGCGGCCGCCGGCGCCGCCGAGGGCCCGGACCAGGCCCCGCCCCGCGGCCCGCCGCCCGGCCGGGGGGUCUACCAGUUCAACCACUUCACCGGCACGGCCGGCCCCAUUUGCGCCCCGAGUCGGCUGUCGGACAGCUUUGCCACCGGCACCACCACCAUCGCCACCAAUGGCUCCGGCUCCUGAGGGCGUGCUUGCCCGGCCCAUCUUCCUGCCCCAUGCCCGGCGCAUGCAUAUAUAUAUGUAUACACCUCAUACCAAUGCUCGA